AUGGAUUAUGAUCAUAGAUGGGUGGUUCCACGAGAGGGUAGAGGUGGUGGCUUGGCUUUAUUUUGGAAGUCUUCAAUAAAUCUGUCAAUAGUGGGGUCGUGCAAAUAUUAUAUUGAUGCUAUCGUAGAUAGGGGUUCAGAAAAUGAAUGGAGGCUAACCGGAUUCUAUGGAAAGCCUGAAACAGCAAGAAGAUCAGAAGCAUGGGAAAAGCUCAGGUAUCUCAAUUCUCAAUCUGAAGUACCUUGGUUAUGCUUUGGGGAUUUUAAUGAGAUAAUUAGACAAGAUGAAAAGGUGGGAGGAGCUCUAAGACCCCAUAAUCAAAUGCAAUUGUUUAGAGAGGUGUUAGACGAAUGUGGGUUUAUGGAUUUGGGUUAUGUAGGACCUAAAUUCACUUGGGCUAGACAUUGUGACAAUGGUAACUCAAUAUGGGAGAGACUAGACCGGGGUUUGGCCACUAAUAAUUGGUUUUUAAAAUUUCCUGGUACAAGGGUUCACAAUUUAAGGUGUGAUUCUUCGGAUCACAACCCACUCCUCAUUGUGUUUUCGGGACUGGAUCCUCCUAAAAGGAAGAAAGUGUUUCGGUUUGAAGAAAUGUGGUUGUCAAAUCCGGGGUGUUCUGAUAUUGUUGAAGCCGUGUGGAAUAGGUGUGAUAAUGAAUCUUUGGAAGGGAUUGUAGGUAGAGUUGAAAAGUGUGGUAGGGAUUUGAGCUGGUGGGAGAAGAAUGUGUUUGGCAAUGUAAGAAGGGAGUUGGAAAAAUUGAAAAAACUUCUACCCAAGGCCGAGGAAGAGGCCAUUCUUAGGGGUGACAAUACUAGGGUUAGAGAACUAAAAAAAGAUAUUGAAGAAUGGCGUGAUAAGGAGGCUACAAUGUGGGCACAAAGAUCAAGAAUUUUAUGGGCAAGACAAGGGGAUAAAAAUUCAAGGUACUUUCAUAGUUAUGCUACGAAAAGAUACCGGAAAAAUUUGAUUGAAGGUAUGAGAGAUGAAGAAGGUUCAUGGAAGACCAACCCGGAAGACUUUACAGAAAUUCUUGUAAGCUACUACCAUUCACUAUUCAACUCCACGGGUCAUUUGGAUUCUUCACAGGUGUGGGAGUGUGUACCUAGGGUGAUUACUGAUGAGAUGAAUGCCCUAUUAUGCAAAAAAUUUGAAGUACAUGAAGUAGAAGUGGCUUUGAAUCAAAUGGCUUCCCUCAAAGCCCCUGGUCCAGACGGAAUGCCACCUCUUUUCUACCAACACUUUUGGGGAACAGUUAAUCAUGAUGUUACCGCCUCCAUCCUCAUGUGGCUAAACUCAGUUAAACUUGACAUGAGUAAGGCCUAUGAUAGGGUGGAAUGGCCUUUUUUGGAAGGUAUAAUGAGGAGGAUGGGGUUUAAUGAAGGAUGGAUAAAUCUGAUUAUGUUGUGUGUUAAAACUGUUACAUACUCGGUGUUGGUGAAUGGAGAACCUUGUGGAAUGAUUCACCCCACAAGGGGCAUUAGGCAAGGCGACCCCAUUUCCCCUUUCCUCUUUUUGCUAUGCACUGAAGGGUUGAACGGGUUGCUCAAAAAAGCAAAAGGGAAUGGGGAUAUUCAUGGUUUCUCCCUCUGUAGAAGAGGCCCAAAACUAACACAUUUGCUUUUUGCAGAUGAUAGUCUCCUUUUUUGCAGGGCAACAAUGGAGGAAUGUGGCAAAGUAUUGGAGAUUUUAAAUGCCUAUGAAGUUGCUUCUGGCCAAAAAAUAAAUAGAAGCAAGACAGCACUGUUUUUCAGCAAAGCAACCAACGGAGCUUUAAAGGAGCAAAUUAAAGAGGCGUGGGGUGUACCAGAAAUUAUGCAAUAUGAGAAGUACUUGGGUCUACCAUCUUUUGUGGGGAAAAGGAAAAAAGCUAGUUUCAAUUACAUUAAGGAGCGUGUGUGGAGAAAACUUCAAGGAUGGGAAGGGAAGUUACUUUCACAGGCUGGUAGGGAGGUAUUGAUAAAAUCCGUUAUCCAAGCCAUCCCCACAUACACCAUGGGAUGUUUCAAAAUUCCAAUCGGUCUAUGCAACGAAAUUGAGACCAUGAUUAAAAAAUUUUGGUGGGGACAACGAGGAGAUCGUAGGAAGAUACAUUGGGUCAAGUGGGAUGAGUUGACUAAAGCUAAAGGAGUGGGUGGCAUGGGCUUUAGAGACUUAGCAAAAUUCAAUGAUUCUUUACUAGCAAAGCAAGCUUGGAGGCUCUUGCAUAAUCAUAACUCCCUUUUCUACAAAGUGUUCAAGGCGCGGUUUUUUCCGAAUUCAACCAUUAUGGAGGCCAAGGAGUCAAGGAUGGGAUCUUAUGCUUGGAGGAGUAUACUUGUAGGGAGGGAUGUUAUCCAAAGGGGAGCUAGAUGGAGAGAUGAUGAGAUGCUACACGGUUUGUUCAAUACAGAGGAGGCAGAGCUAAUCAAGACCAUUCCUUUAAGCAGUGGAGUUUCAGAGGAUAUUCUAUAUUGGCCUCACUCAAGCAAUGGUCAUUAUAGCUGCAAGACCGGAUACAAAUUCUUAAAAACGGAAGAGGAGACGUCUGCUGAACCACAAGUAUCCAUAACUGAAGAGAAGAAGCUGUGGAACGUAAUCUGGUCACUGCGAGUUCCCCCCAAGGUGAAAACACUGCUAUGGCGUGCUUGCCGUGAAGCUAUGCCGACAAAGAAGGCACUAUUCCGUCGAACCAUCACAACGGACUCCCUAUGUGUCAGAUGUCAUGGCCAUAAUGAAGACUCACUGCACGCCAUGUGGUCCUGCCCAGAACUAGAUACGGUGUGGUCAGAUUUGGAGUUAUGGAAUUUCCGGUGUGCUGUCCAGUUCGUGACCUUUAAGGAGCUGCUGUCGUGGUUAAUUGCAAACAACCAUCAAACAGAGGUCUUUGCUGUAAUGGCUUGGACAAUCUGGAACCAGCGGAAUCGGGUUCGUCUCAACCAACUGGCGGACUCACUUCACCAAAUUCCUCAGAUUUCUAAGUCUUGGUUAGCUGAAUACCAUGCUCGGCAACUACCUGUGACUACUCCAGUGCAACAAAACCGCAGUACCAGAACUCAUUGGAGGCCACCACCAUCGGAGCUUUUCAAAAUAAAUUUCGAUGGCGCUGUCUUCACACAUGAAAAGAAGUCUGGCAUUGGAGUUGUUAUAAGAGAUCACCAGGGCUCUGUUAUUGCUUCAUGCUCAAAACCGGUACACCAGGAGCUAGGCAGUGAGGAUGUUGAGGCAACGGCUGCGGCAUGGGCUCUGUUUUUUGCUUUGGAAGUGGGGGUGAAAAGAGUAGUAUUAGAGGGUGACUCUUUGUCUGUUAUCAAGGGGUUAAUGGGGGAAGAAAGGCUGCUAACACCAAUGGGAUUGCUCAUUGAGGAGGCCAAACAAUUAUCUCAACAUUUUGAAGAAUUACAUUACUCUCAUGUUAAGAGGGAUUGUAACGUUUUAGCUCAUAAUCUGGCUAGACAUGCCGCUGGCAUUCCAGAUUUGUUAGUUUGGAUGGAGGAUAUUCCUUCACAUUUUCAUGAUGUAUUUCAAGCCGAUUUAUUAGGCUUAUCUGAAUAA